AUAACGUUUGGUGCAGCGACAUCAUUAGUGAGCAGUGAAGCAGAACGGGCUGAUGCUAUACCAAGUGUUAGCAAGUCAACUUCGGAAAGAAAGAACCCAUUUUUGGAUAUUGAAGAUGGCGAUGAUAACUCGAUUAACAUCGAAGAUGAGUCAAUGGAGCCAGAAGAUGUUGAUUAUGCCGCUACAGCCAGCUAUUACAGCAGUCAACCAUUCUUCACACAUCGACCGGGCCCAGUUUACACGAUUCCUGAAGAUGAGGAGCAAGAUGAUGGCCAAAUCAACACCGACUCGAAGUUUUACGGCCGUGAAGUUACAACUACAGUGUACAGUUCUGACUACUACAACCAGCUGCAAAAGCGCCAGAAUGAAAUUUCGAAGAAAGGCGCAGGCUCUCAUGGAACUGAAGCAGCAGGGUCGCUCGUUAAAACCGAAACAAAUGUGAACAUUCCUGGAACAUCAGUAUUACCGGAGCAUGCAUCUCCCGCGUCUGCUUAUGGAUUUUCGCCGUCAACGUCCAGCAGUGAAGCCGUCUUAGACAUGCCGCCGCACCAUACUGUACCAGUCGAAUUCGAUCGCUCGUUGGGCAAGCAUUCGAAUGAACCGGACAAUUUGUCCAAGAGUGCUUCAAAUGGUAUCCAAUAA